UCCUGAUUUAAUGGUCUGCGUAUAAUGUUGAAUCCUUUUCGGCAGAAUCAGAGUCCUCAAGGAUGUUAUGCUAUCAGCGCAGGCGCAAAGGCCUGGAAGGGCUUGUUAAACCUGGAGAAGCAAUCAACUCUGGGAAUGAAGGCCAAGGACCUGUGCAUCAAGUUGCAGACUUACCAGGAGAGAAUUCAAUGAUGGAGUCCAUUCUAACACUAACGGCGCCAGCUGCACCAAGUCAAGUUAGCAGCAGUCAGUGCAAGCGAUUAAAACUGAGGGUUGAUCCUGCAAAAGCAAGCAACUCUGGGAACAAAGGCCGAGGACCCGUGCAUCAAAUUGCAUACUUGCCAGGAAAGAAUUCUAUGAUGGAUAGCACUCCACAAACUGUAAGAAUAGUUGUUGUGGGACUGAUGGCACCAAGUCAAGAUAAGAGUGGCCCUCAGCCCAAACAAUCAAAACGGAGGAUUAAUCCUGUGAAAGCAAGCAACUCUGCAUGCAAACAAUCUCAACAUCCACGACAGAGAAAAAAUCGUAAAAGAGUAGCAGCUGACUUGGAUGACUCGGAAGCUGAGCAAACUAGAGCAAGUGUUUCCCGUGCUCAUAGACAAUCAAGGAGAAGAGUAAGAAAUGCCAGGCAAAAAGGAAUGUUAGAUGACAAAUUACUAAACAAAUACCUGGGAGAUUUGUGGCAGACUAUUCCAAGAGAGAAGAAGGAUUCUCAUGAUUAUAUAGACUGUUUGUGGUUUGAGAUGUAUCUUGAAGGAGACAGAAAGAAACCAUUGGGAUAUAUCAAGAGGGAUAGAAAAUUUUCGAAAAAAUAUGUCUUUCUUCCUAUUUGUCUAUACAACCACUGGAGCCUUUUGAUAUUUUGUCACGUGGGGGAAGAUCUGCAAUCAAAAGCCGCAACUCCUUGUAUUUUACUACUGGAUUCAAUGCGGAAGAACAAUCCAAAGCAGGACAUUGAAAAAGUUCUCAGAGAAUUCUUGUUAGAUAUAUAUGAAGGAGAGGGGAGAUCAGUAAGUAAACAGCAGAUUGACAAGAUUCCUCUUUUGGUACCCAAGGUUCCGCAGCAGACUGGUGACAAGGAAUGCGGAUAUUAUGUUCUUUAUUACAUAACUCAGUUCCUAAUGAGUUCUCCAGAAAGUUUUAGCGUCUCUGAUGGCUACCCGGACUUUAUGUCACAAGACUGGUUUACUGCUGAACAAGUGACAUCAUUUCGCGAAACUCUCCCUGCACCUGACCAAGAAACAGGUUCAAGGAAUGAUUCCUCUGAUGAUGCGUCAGAUGAUGUAGUAUGUCUAUAACAUAGCAUUGAGAAGCUGCAAUUUACAGAAGACAGAAAAUUAUUCCUAAUUUACGAGUAUCGUUUUUCUUUCUUGAAAAUUUUUAUUGGGAAUUUCUGGACUUGAGCUGGACUUGAGUUAUGAGUUGAAGGGAUGUUUUGGUAAUGUGAAGUUUGUACUGAACUGCAUGA